AUGAGGAGAAACAGUAUCAAGGAGCGAGUCCCUCGUAAAUACGCGGAUCGAUGGCGCGAAUUGAGCCUCAAGCAGAUACGCGCCAAUGGCAAUGGCAAUGGCAAUGGCGCAGGCGGAGGAUACGAUGCCGACACGGCCAUGUUCAUGUCGAUGGCCCAGGAAUUGAAAGAGGAAGGCAACCGCCUGUUCCUGCGUCGAGACUACCAAGGUGCCAUAGUUAAGUACGAGAAAUCGAUCAAAUUGCUUCCCAACAACCACGCCGACGUGGCCUAUGUCCGGAGCAACAUGGCCGAAUGUUACAUGCAGCUUGGCGGGAAUGGGAUCGCCAUGGCCAUCGACCAAUGCAACCUCGCCUUGGAGGUCAUACCCGCUUACAGCAAGGCCCUCCUCAAGCGGGCCCGUUGCUAUGAGGCCUUGGAGAGGCCCGACUUCGCGCUCGCCGAUGUCGUCGCGCUGCUCGACUCCGAGCCCAACAAUCUCAUGGCCGCCGAGAUCGAGCAGCGCUUGAGGAAGAAGACGACGACGACACUGCCUCUGGCUAUAAAUAAUUUGGAUGAAAAACAUAAAGAAGAAGAGGAGGAGGCGAAGAGGACUGUGAAAUUAGUGUUUGGAGAAGACAUAAGAUGGGCGCAAGUUCCGUUGAGCUGCGACAUUUUGAAGCUCCGGCAGAUCAUCGCAGACCGGUAUCCCUAUUCAAGAGCAAUUCUUAUUAAGUACACAGAUCAAGAAGGAGACAUGGUGACCAUCACAACAACACAAGAGUUGCGAUGGGUUGAGUCCGAAUCAAAGUUGGAGUCGUCGUCUAGAUCUACAAAGCCACUCAAGCUAUAUAUAGUUGAGGUUGAUCCCGACGAGGAUCCGCUCUACGAUAAACUUAAACGCACAAGAAGCAGUCGAAGGUCAGCUCCAUCGGACGAUGAGAAUGAAGAGGAGGAGGAGGAAGAAGGACACGUGUUAAAAGGCGAACCGACUUGCAUCACGGAUUGGAUCAUCCAAUUCGCGCAGUUUUUCAAGAGCUACUUAGGCUUGGACAUCGAUGCCUACAUCGAUAUCCAUCAAAUAGGGAUCAAACUCUACUCGGAAGCCGUGGAAGAGACCGUCACCAGCGACGAGGCUCAGGACCUUCUCGGUGCAGCUGCCGACAAGUUUGUGGAGAUGGCGGCGCUAGCCCUUUUAAAUUCCGGCAAUGCACACAUGUCCCGCACGCGGAAAAAAGUCUACGCCCCACAAGAUUCCUCGCGACUGGAAAGGAUACAGUGCGGCUACGAUUGGGCGCAGAGGGAGCUCGCCAAGGCCGGGAAAAGAUACGAGCAGGCUAUAAAGAUAAAAGACGAUUUCUACGAGGCAGUGUUGGCGCAGGGGCAGCAGCAGUUCGAGCAGGCGAAGCUGUCGUGGUACUACGCGGUGGCGACGGGAGUGGAGCCGCCGGGAGACGUGCUGCUGCUCUACUGCUACGCCGACGAGAAAAUGGAGAGGGGAAUGAGGAUGUGGGAGAAGGAGCAGCAGCGGCGGAUUUCCGAGCUGUGGAAGACGAACAAGAUGGAGACAUUGUUGCAGAGGAUGAAGCUGGACAGCUUGUUCAAGGAAGUGUCCGCGGAGGAGAUGGAGGAGCAGGAUUCGAGCAUACAGUCGCAGAUAUACGUGCUAUGGGGGACCAUUUUGUACGAGAGAUCAACGGUCGAGUACAAGCUCGAAAUGCCGGCGUGGCAGGACUGCUUGGACAACGCCGUCAACAAGUUCGACCUCGCCGGGGCUUCCGAAACCGAUAUCGCCGUCAUGGUCAAGAAUCAUUGCUCCAACAACACAUCUUCGUCGUUCGAAGGGUUUGGAUUCAACAUCGACGAAAUAGUGCAGGCGUGGGAUGAGAUGUACGAAGCCAAAAAGUGGCAGCACAACAUUCCCUCCUUCCGUUUGGAACCUGUUCUGCGGAGACGAAUUUCGAAACUAUACUAUGCUCUUGAACGUUUGUGA